UUAAAUUCACAACAUCAAUAUUGCAUGCUGAACUAAAUGUUUUACGCCAACUGGAUUGAUGAAAGGAAUAUUCUUCACUUUAGCUAAUCCGGCAAGGUGUACGAAGAACCUUUUAACUGUAUUAGCUUCGGUUAACGCGUCUCUAUAUUUGGAAACUAUAAUCAUAUCCUUCAAUAUCGUUGAGACAAGCAGAUCAGUUAUUGGUCAUCUUAAAAUUCAAACGCCGAUAGUUUUUAUACACGCAACAAACACGACAUCAUGUUAAACCCAACCGCCAUUACAUUCAUCGCUAUCUCUGCACUCGAGAUAGCCGUCAUAAUCAUUGGGAACGUGUUCACCAUUUCUAUCUUCUGGACUCUGCGAUUCCAUCUUAAACGAACUUGUUUCCUUCUGAUCAACCUCGCCGUUGCCGAUUUACUUGUAGGAAUAGCAGAAGGUGCAGCACUGGUGAUCCACAAGAGUCUGAGAACUGAAAUGCAACCAAAAGGAAGCCAAAGCCCCUCAUGGGCAUUCCGAAUGUUUGCGUCUUGUACGCCAUUAAUGUCGAGAAAAAGGUUGUUGUUAUUCAUCGUGCUAGAUGCAAUAAGUCACAUCGUGAGACAAACGAUAAUACACUUUAUUAUUACGCCAUUAAUGUUCCUCGCUCUUGUUUCCUUGGAGCGCGUUUACGCCGUGCUGUGGCCACUGCGUCAUCGCGUAACAAGAACGCAAGCUUACGUUUUCAGUAUCGUCGUUACGGUCUGGGGAGCUGGAUUGUGUAUCGCAGGACUGUCGUUUUUAACGGUGUAUCACGCACAAGUCGAUAUCUUGCAUGCUAUUGUCGCUUCUGAUGUGCUCCUUCUCAUUUCUCUCAUUAUUAUCUGUGCAAGUUACCUCUCGAUUCGCUCGCGAUUGAACCAUGCAACACCCAGCUUAGAAGUACCUCACAAAAGAUCAUUGGAACACAAUGCAUGGCUUUCAAAGACACUUUACGUAGUAGUUGCCGUGUCUCUUAUCUUAUGGCUGCCUGCUUUCGUUGUGUAUACAAUCAAAAUAUUCUGUUGGAAAUGUUUUUCUCAGCUUUCGCUGUGGGUAGUUAAUGUCCUAUAUUUAGCCAUUUCUAUGGUGAAUCCAUUUGUAUAUAGCUUUAGAAUGCAAAUUUUUAAAAAUGCUCUGAAAAAACGUUGGAAGAAACAGGUAGAAAAAGUUGAAUUAAGACCUGUUUCUCUUCGAGUGCGAGCUCUCCAAGUGCGAGACGAACCACAGGAGUUUACCAGGCACUUGUAA